AUGGGAUGUCUUGACGACAACGAUAUUUCUAUCAGACUUCAGGCCCUUGAACUGGUUUCAGGGAUGGUCGCUAGUGACUCACUGCAGUCUGUAAUCAAUCAUCUAAUUACCCAGCUGCAGACGUCCUCUGCUGUUUCAGACGGUCCUACUGCCACUACUUCUCUACUUGCACACAUUACCCCGGCUGCAGACCAGGACGAUGAAGACCCGGAAUCUCACCUGGAGCUCGCUAGACAGGAUAGGAUGGCUCCACCCCCACUCCCGAACGAAUAUCGUCUGGAAGUUCUCCACCGAAUCUUAGACAUCUGUUCGCGGGAUACAUAUUCCAACCUCACCGACUUCGAGUGGUAUGUCGAUGUCCUAGUGCAGUUGGUCCGGCUAAUUCCACCGGUCAGUGCCUCCAAAACAAAUGAUGAGCAUUCUUCCAGGGACGCCCAUGACCAGAGAGCAGAUAUAUCCAAUCGAAUUGGCUCUGAGCUCCGCAAUGUGGCUGUGAGAGUCAGGAGCGUCCGCCCUGAGGCAACUCGCGCAGCCGAAACACUGGUGCUUAUAGAUAAUCGAGCCGCUCUGUUUCCCUCCUCUGGUACUUCAAGCACAAACCUACUAGAGCCCAUUGCCUGGAUAGUGGGUGAAUAUGCUGAGUAUCUUAACUUCCCGGACCAAUCACUUUCAUCCCUUAUACAUUCAUCCAACCUGAGUCUUUCUCCCAAGGUUCUUUCAGGAUAUAUUCAAGCCAUUCCCAAAGUCUUUGUUCAACUUACAUCUCAAUUCUAUGACUGGAACAUAGACAGACAGGGAGAGGUAUCGCUCUUGCUUGCACGGAUCACCGAUUUCUUGGAGAAGCUUUCCUCCCACCCAGAGUUGGACGUGCAGGAACGGGCUAUCGAGUUCUUAGAACUAUUACGCUUGACAAAGGAGGCGGUAUCAACAUCAGACAUUGAAUCGGGGAAUGUACCUCUUCUUGUUUCCUCGGCUAUACCAAGCUUAUUUACUGGCCUAGACCUUAAUCCUGUAGCAGCCGGCGCGCAGAAGAAAGUCCCGAUUCCAAGUGAUCUUGACCUAGAUCAACCAAUAAAUCCUCGGUAUAUCCACAUCCAACGUGAAUCAAGCAAUGGUUGGCUUGAUUCCUCUACCCACGAUGAAUGCUAUCAAUUCUACCACAUACCAGACUCGACAUCCUUUGUCACCAAGCCACAAAAGGAGAUCCUUUCCCCCACUCCUAUCCAACCAACUUCUUAUCAGAAUCUUUCCGAAGGGAUGUUAUCUGAACCUGCAGAUGCCGUCGCCAAACGGCGUAUGGCAAGAAGAGAGCGCAAUAAGGAUGAUCCUUUCUAUAUCGGCCUCGGACAAGGUGAAGGGGAAUCAUCAGAUUCAGCUACACCGUUCAACCAGGCGCUACGUGGUGCCAACGAAGAAGACCUAGAUCUUGACUCUAUUCCCAUCAUUGAUCUAGCAAUUGGUCAACAGAACUCAGGAAACCCAGAUAUCCAAAAGCCACGCAAACCAAAACGCAAAACGAAGCCUAAGAAAGUUGAAAUCAUAGGAGAUGAAACUCUUGAAUUCGAAAACCCGUCCUCACCUACCGUUCGACCCGCUUCUGCGCCAACAGGGCCCGGAGCAACAAGACCCAAGAAAUCGUUGCUGGAAGUUGAUUCCAGCGGACUAGGACAGUUGUCUCUUGAAGAAGAUAGUGGCCUAACACCUGGUGUCGGUGAUAUAGCAAGAAAAGAAGCAGAGGAUGCAGAAAUGAUGAAGGCAAUGGCAGAAAUCCAAAGACUGCGUCUAGAAAUGCAACGGGAAGCAGAAGCCAUUCACGGCAGCAAGGAGGUUCCUGCUGAAGGCAAGCUGAUCAAGAGGAAAAAGAAGAAGAAGGUUGUAUCUUCUAAGAAAACCAAGUCUGCUUCCCAGGAAGCAGAGGGUGAAUCCUCUCAGCCUCAGGAGAAGGCUGCAGAUGAGGAAGCUGGAGCUCCUGUGGUAAAGAAAAUGAAGAAGAAGAAAGUCGUUGCAUCUCAGAAGGAGGCGCCCGUGCAAACGGAAGGUCAGGAGUAG